AUGAAUGACGCUACACAUUUUGAACAUCUGAGUGAUCUGGCGUCAUUUCUAAACAGCACCUAUCGUGGAUCCAAGAACGCUUGCAUAAAGAAGCCAUGCCCUAGUAAUGCGAUCUGCCGAGCUGGUUUUUCCAGUGAGGGGUAUAGAUGUGUCUGCGUAGCGGGUUACACGGGUAAAGAUUGUACAAAAGACGAUGAUGAGUGCAGUCUGGGAGAACACAAAUGUGAUUCAAAUGCUGAAUGUACAGCUGCAAAUGUAAAGAAGGAUUUUCAGGAGAUGGCCAAACGUGCUCAGCUGUCCGUCUGGUUGUCUGAGCCUUCAUUUUUUCGUCUGUUUGUGUGUCCAUAUGUUCGUCAUUCUGCAUUUCCUUUGAAACGUUGGAAUAAGCCCACUUCUGAGUUCGUGGACUUCAGUAACCUGGUGCCGAAAUUACGGCGUGAGAACGAGGCUAAGUGCGAAGUUGCCCUCAUCGGUCUACAGAAUAAAAAGUCAUCCGACGGAUGUUUUAACCACUCAACUCUGAGCAACGCUGACAGAAAGAGUACUUACAAUACACCCGGCGGAAUUGAAGGUGAGUGUGACAAUUCGCUACAUGUGGGAUGGUAUCGUUUUGAGGGAGAUGUAGGGCCAAAAAUACAAACAACGCCAGUGGAUGAUUAUCACUAUAAUACAGUCUUCUCAGGCUGGUUGAAUGGUGCUGAACCUACUGAGGGAGAUGAUGAAGUAGAGAGAUUCUGCUUCACCAGAACUACUAACAUUUGCAAGAAUUCAAUUACAGUCAUAAUGAAAAGCUGUGGAUCCUACUUUAUCUACAAACUGGUUCCACCUCCGGCUUGGUAA